AUGAUUUCAGAUGCUUCAAAAACGUUGGAUGAAGUAAAUACGAACGACGAAAGUGGAAGAUUGGAAAAACGACAGUCAUCGUGGAAGUCAAAUCAAAAGAGAUCACCUUCAGCAACAAAGCAAAACGAAAGAUCUAAGCAAUCUGCUAAGCUCACCAGAGACCAACUAGAUCAAGAACAAUCUGCUAAGAUUAUCGCUGAUCCCACGAAAGGUUCGAAACCCGAAAAAGUAGCAACCGAAAACAGCAAGGUGAUCGAGGAAAUGAAACCAGCCGAAUCAAGAAAAGAGGGUUUUUUAACGCCAUCAGCGAAUCAACAAGUUGAAAAGGCUGCGACGACAUCAGCGAAAGCAGAAACGGAGCCUAAAAAGAAAUCAACUUCAGACGAUGAGAGCGAAAAGGAAUAG